GGACUACAGCUCCCGGCGGGCCCCGCGCGCAGCACCUGCCCGCCCCCCGCUCCGGGCGGAGGAUGCAGACGCCCGGCGGGCGAUGAGGAUGGAGGCCGGGGAGGCAGCGCCGCCGGUGGGGGCGGGCGGCCGCGCCGCGGGCGGCUGGGGCAAGUGGGUGCGGCUCAACGUGGGGGGCACGGUGUUCCUGACCACCCGGCAGACGCUGUGCCGCGAGCAGAAGUCCUUCCUCAGCCGCUUGUGCCAGGGGGAGGAGCUGCAGUCGGACCGGGAUGAGACUGGGGCCUACCUCAUUGACCGUGACCCCACCUACUUCGGGCCCAUUCUGAACUUCCUCCGUCAUGGCAAGCUGGUGCUGGACAAGGACAUGGCUGAGGAGGGGGUCCUGGAGGAAGCUGAAUUCUACAACAUUGGCCCGCUGAUCCGCAUCAUCAAAGACCGGAUGGAAGAGAAGGACUACACGGUCACCCAGGUCCCGCCCAAGCACGUAUACCGUGUGCUGCAGUGCCAGGAGGAGGAGCUCACACAGAUGGUCUCCACCAUGUCCGACGGCUGGCGCUUUGAGCAGCUGGUGAACAUCGGCUCCUCCUACAACUAUGGUAGCGAGGACCAGGCAGAGUUCCUGUGCGUGGUAUCCAAGGAGCUCUAUAGCUCCCCAAACGGGCCUAGCUCUGAAUCCAGCCGCAAAACCAAGGUUCCCGUCUGCACCCUCUCAGACCUGAGGCCGAGCUUGCAGUGAGGGCUUCUCCCUGGCCCCUCGCCCGCCCCCAGAGCUGCCACCCCUGGUUUGUAGCUUGGUGGAGCUGGAGAGGGGGGCGGAAGUGAGGAGGGUGCUCAUCUCUUGUUCUUUGAAUUUGAGCCGAGCUAUUGGCUGAUUUUCUCCACCCACCAAAGUUUCUCAACUGAUCUUGGCCUUGGGGGCGAGGCUCUGAGAGAAGAAAGUUAAGGGGUGGGAACUCUGUCCUCCCACCUACCAGUCAGCACCGGAGCCAGGCUGGGGAGGAGGGAAGGAAAGCUGGAGCCAGAAGCCUCGGCCUCCUCCCUGCGUGUCCAGGAGCUCCCGCCUCACUGCCCUUGGCCCUGAGUUCCCUUGUUCCGUGGGGAUGAGGAGGACAGGCCACAUUUGGAUACCCUUGGCCUAUGAGGAGUCAGCCAGAGCCAGCUAAGGAUUGCAAUGUGGCAGAAAAAGCCCUGGCCAGGUGCCCACAAGCCCCUACUCAACCAUAUCUGCCUGCUGUGACAGGCAAAUCACUGUCCUUCUCUGGGCCACAGUUGCCUCUGAAAUGGGGACAGACAGCUGCUCUUUGUGACUCCUUUUUGUCUGGGGCAGCAGUAACCUGCCUCUCCUGGCCCUGACCCCCUGGUCAGAGUCUUGGCAGAAUCUGGCCAUCCCUAGGCAGAUUCCAUAUGGGGCCUAGGGCUCCUGGACGGGUUGGUUGGGGUACCCUUCCUCCUCUCCUCCUCAGUUCUGAACCCACCUUCUCUGGGCCUCAGCCCCACUCCCUCCUUCAGAGGGAGCCUGUGACUCACCUGCCUUUCUCUCUCCCUCUCUCCCCACCCUCCAUUUCAAUCUCCUCUCUGCAUCACCCCCUCCUCACUGGCCCGUUCCCUCCCAUCUUCCUGCCCCUUUCCCUUCUUUCUUAUUUUCUAGCUGUUACAAGCCAGAGGCACCCGGAUGUGAGGCCCCAGAUCACCUCCAGGGACUUGGGGUUCCCAUCUGAAAUCCUUUAUUUUUGUUCUACGGGGUGGGCUCCUGGCCUGAGAUGGAAGAAGCACGCUCCCCGCUGCCACCU